GCUGCAUCAAGAACCUGCCAGUCUGAGAGGCUUCCUGUCACAGGUCACCAAAGCACUACCUGCCCCUCCAUUGCUAGCCCCCAGCAUGCAGGACACCCUAACGACACCGACAGUGUUAGCCCGUAGCCGGUCCUCAGUCUCCAUCCAGGACCGGUCCUCCACUGUAGAGCAAGCUUCAAACACAGGCCAACCACCCUUGAAGCCAUCAGUUGUGACACUCCCUGCAAAGUCCAAGAACCCCAAUUCUGGGGCCAAGUUGCAUCGGAUGCGCCGGAUCAUUGCUGAGGAUGCUGAAUGGUCACUGGCCACUGUGCCCCUCCUCACUGAGCUCUGCAUUCAGCACAUUGUCACGAAUUUCCAUAAAAACCCUAUCCUGAAGCAGCUGCUCCCAGAGCACCAGCAGAAGGUCCUGGAACACCUGUCCCCGGACCUGCCACUGGCUGUGACCGCCAACCUAAUAGACAAUGAGAGCUACUGGCGCCGCUGCUGCAUGCAGCGCUGGCCUGUGUGCCAUGUGGCCAGGCAUGGCGGCAGUUGGAAGCGCAUGUUCUUUGAACGGCACCUGGAGAACCUGCUCAAGCACUUUAUCCCAGGCACCACGGACCCUGGCGUGAUCCUCGACCUGCUGCCGCUCUGCAGGAACUACGUGCAGAGAAUCCAUGUGGAUCAGUUCCUCCCACCCGUGCGGCUACUGCCCCAGCCCUGGCCAGGGGACCAGUCAGACUCAGGCAGCGAGGGAGAGAUGGAGGAGCCAGCCAUAGGCCACUACCAGCUGGGUGAUCUGGUAGCUGGCCUGAGCCGCCUGGAGGAGCUAGAUCUGGUGUAUGGUGUCAAAGACUGUGGCAUGAACUUCGAGUGGAACCUCUUCCUCUUCACCUACCGUGACUGCCACUCCUUGGCGGCCACCAUCAAGGCAUGCCACACCCUCAAGAUCUUCAGGCUGACCCGAAGCAAGGUGGAUGACGACAAGGCACGCAUCCUAAUUCGCAGCCUCCUGGACCACCCGGUCCUUGAGGAGCUAGAUCUGUCGCACAACCUCAUUGGGGACCGUGGUGCACGCGGUGCUGCCAAGCUGCUGAGCCACAGCCACCUGCGUGUGCUCAACCUGGCCAACAACCAGGUGCGUGCACUUGGUGCCCAGUCGCUGGCUCACGCUCUGGCACACAAUACCAACCUCAUCUCCCUCAACCUACGCCUCAACUGCAUUGAGGACGAGGGCGGCCAGGCACUGGUCCAUGCCUUGCAGACCAACAAGUGCCUCACCACGCUGCACCUGGGUGGCAAUGAGCUGUCUGAGCCCACCGCCACGCUCCUCUCCCAGGUGCUCUCCAUCAACACCACGCUCACCAGCAUCAACCUGUCCUGCAACCACAUUGGGCUGGACGGCGGGAAGCAGCUCCUGGAAGGCAUGUCAGACAACAAGACCCUCCUGGAGUUUGACUUGCGCCUGUCAGACGUAGCCCAGGAGAGCGAGUACCUCAUUGCCCAGGCCCUCUGUGCCAACCGAGAAGCAGCCCGCCAGCGGGCCUUGAAUCCCAGCCACUUCAUGUCACCGAUCACUGCCAGUGGCCCUGAGAACUCUGUGGGCUAAGAUGGGGGACAGGGCUAGGGCUGUGACCUGACGUGGGUCACUGUCCCAGCCCCAUCCUUCCUUUCAUAGCCCUGCCAUGCCUUACAGAGUGUCACCCUGGUUCAGAGGGGUUAGGAAAGGGGAGACCACAAAUACCUUGGAGUGAGUGAUCAAGGGCUGAAUGGGUAAAGAAGCGAAAAAGGGAAGGGAGCCUAGGAUAGGGGAGGACGGAGUAUGAAGUGGGGACCCAGCCCCUGUGCCCAGGGAGAGGGUAUUACUGGACCCCUGCAAAUGACCAAUUUCUUCCAGGAAUAGGAAAGCCAGAGGUUGCUGAGGGACUAUGCCUGCCCAGACUCUCCUGGGGGGAUCUGCCCACUUCCCUGACC